AUGGAAGAGAAACAACUCUACGGUGCCCUUACGGUGUAUCGUGAGAGAGGUGCUUACCUUCGAAGGCUCGAACAAUUUGAGAAAUCAAAGGCGUCAUACGAUGAGGCGUUUAAGAACGCCCCCGAUAACGUCCGCCUGUUGAUAGGCCGCAGUCAGGUGUGUGCCGAUGCGGUCAAGCCGCAACAAGCGUAUGCAGAUGCUGAGCUGGCUCUCAAGCUGGAACCAAAUAACAUGAACGCAAAAAACAUGCAAGCUAACGCCAUGUACACUAUGUCGGACUUCGAACGGUCGGUGGUCAUAAACUAUCGCGGGUCCAGAGUACGACGGAAACCACCCUACUUCAUGGAGGGCAUUAUCCAAGGGUUAGAGACCAUACAGGACUGUGUUGGCAAAAAUGCUGGUCACGUGAUGCUAGAUUUCUUGCCAAUAAUACAAAAGCAUGCAGAGAUGCAUGCGGAUGAAGAUGAACCUCAAAAAGUGUUACGUGUUUCACGUAUUCCACAUCCAAAACAACAUAGAAAACUUACGCAAAUGCAGGUGCGUAAACAUUUGACUUUGUCACGAGUGCUUGCUAUGAAAUACCUCGGACCUAUGGCUUAUGAUAAAUUUUUCUUACAAGAACUUACUGACGAUCCUCGGAUAAAGUCCGCGAAUUCUAAAGGAAGUAAAGUAUUAAAAAGUCUAGUCGAUGAUACCCUACAAACGCUUACUGAAAGGCAAGAAAUGUUGCGCACUCAACGCCCUUACUAUACCGUAAAGUUUGCAGAAAAAUCAAUAUCUGAGCAUCAAAAUAAAUUUAAGGAACAAUUACUACAUAAUGAGCGCUUAACAAACACACGGACAGCUGAACGGUUGGUGAAACAAGUGGAAGCAGCAAUGUGGCGACGUCAAACAAUGGAAUUAAUAGCGAAAGCUGAACGAAUGCAAAUAUUUCUUGAUGCGAAGACUCCACGUACUUUACCUGAUAAAGAGUUAUUUAUAGAUCGUUUAUAUAGAGCGGUAGGAGAAGGUUAUUUGGUGCAACACAGACUCUCAUAUAGACUUAGCGAACGCGGGCUCCGACGACGCAUAGCUUUCUUAAUGGGACUACCAGUGGGUCGACCCAAAUCUUAUGAUUCUGUAAUAGCACAAGCUCCUACUCAAGUCGAUAUAAAAGUAGCUCUUGAAAAGGUAAGUACAAGACUCGAAAUGUGCGAAAAUUCUUAUAUGAAAUGUUGGUUAAUGUACGAAAUGGCUCGGUUACUAACGACGAUGAAAAACUAUGCGCUCGCAAAAUUUUACGCUAAGCGAUGUCAACGUGAAGCUCAAGAGCUGGGCAGCGUGACUUGGUGGAUGAAUGGGUGCUUCGUUUUGAUCGGCGGAGACAUGCAGCAAGGAAAUACAAAUGAAGUACGCAUACAAGUGGAAGAGGCUUUCAAUUGGUCAGUGCAUAUGCAAGAUCCAGAUCAACUGAAGGCUUUCCUUCUGAAGUGUUCGGAAAUGGCUGCUGAAACGAUCACUGUAGACGAAACUAAAGCGAUAGAACAACGUGAGAAGCAAAUUCUGAAAGUAAUGGAUGAGACGGCACGUGUCAACACUCAAGUGUUGUUCAAGCGGAUAGCAACGUUACCGCCCAGACGACGGUUCAAUGUACUGCCGCUGAAGCGGGAGCACGCACCCAUGACCUCGGAACGAACGAAGCGCCGUCAAAUGGGUCUCACCGUCAUUCCGGGAAAGGAGAAAGGCCUACCCCCGGCACCGAAGUCAGAUACUCUUGGAUUUCAGAUAUUUGAUUUGUAG